CGUUCAGCGGCAUUUAUCGACCAAUGAGAGCGAGAGCUGCCUUUUAGUCCCACCCUCGCUAAUACCUAAAAGUCAACACUGAGAAGUCAGUCUCUUCCGGAGGAACCUCCAGCGUCACAGUCUGUCAGCACAGUAACUCCCUCUGCCUGUCAAGAUGAGCGAUGACUGGCAGGAGUGCAUGGAUCACUGUGUGGAGGUCGCGAAAAAGGCUGGGGAGAUGAUCCGCGAGGCGCUCCAGAAGGACAUCGCCGUCAUGCAGAAGAGCUCGCCGGUUGACCUGGUGACCGAGACGGACCAGAAAGUGGAGCAGCUCAUUAUAUCCUCCAUCAAGGAAAAAUACCCCACUCACAGCUUCAUAGGAGAAGAGUCGGUAGCAGCAGGAGCUCCCAGUGUUCUGACAGACAAUCCCACCUGGAUCAUCGACCCUAUCGACGGCACCACCAACUUCGUUCACAGGUUCCCGUUUGUGUCCGUAUCGAUCGGCUUCACCGUGAAGAAAGAGAUCGAGUUCGGGAUCGUCUACAGCUGCAUCGAGGACAAAAUGUACACAGCGCGGAAAGGCAAAGGAGCAUUCUGCAACGGAGUCCCCAUCAAAGUGUCCGGACAAGAAGAUAUCAGCCAGUCCAUGGUGCUGACAGAAAUGAACUUCAAGAAAGAUCCUGAACAGUUCAAAACAAUGAUGGCCAACAUGAGGACCAUCCUCACCAUCCCUGUACACGGCAUCCGCUCCCCGGGCAGCGCGGCUGUCAACAUGUGUCUGGUGGCGUGCGGAUCAGCCGACGCUUACUACCACAUGGGCAUCCACUGCUGGGACAUGGCUGGAGGGGCGGCGAUUGUCACCGAAGCUGGAGGAGUUAUCAUGGAUAUUUCAGGUGGACCGUUCGAUCUGAUGUCUCGGAGGCUGAUCGUCGCCAGCAGCAGAGUCAUAGCGGAACGCAUCGCUAAAGAGAUAACGGAGUUUCACGUCGGCAGGGACGACGCAGACGACUAGUCAACUUCCAUCAUCUUUCCAUCGUCUCUCCAGCCAACGGAACAGUUACUUAAACGUGUAACGUGUUUUGUAUUUAAAGUCUUUUGCCUUAAGAACCAAAAACGAUGAACUUACCUCUGAAGAACAGCCGAGCGGGUUCGUUAAAUAUUCAGCACUUGAUCUUUUGGUCUUCUUUCUGCUUCAUUGUUCUACUUCUGCACUUCGACAUUCACGGGUUCACACUUUCUAUUCUCCAUCUGUCCGUCCAUCCAGCUGUCCUCUUCUGCUUACGUGGAGUCAGGUCACGGUGUCAGCAGGUUUUCUACGUUUAUUCUGUUGUAACUUAUUUGAAUGGUAAUGAUGUGAUUAAUGAUGAUAGAAGUCCAAAGUGUGUCCUAAUAGAAGGAUAGUUUUAUUAGUAUUAUCAGACACUUUUCUUUUUAUUGUUUGUAUUUAUUUAUGUAGACAAUCCAGUCCAAACUAAAUCAUGGUGUUUUACUGGUGAAAUACCUCCACAGAGCACUGCAGUACAAUCAUUUUAGUGUAAAGCCAUUGUACUCAACUUCAAGAUGUUUGUUUAUACGGUAAAUAAAUGCCAUCACUAGCUUGCACUGCAGCUAACACAAGAAUAUGUACGGCAAACACUGUAUACAUACAACUACUGUACCGUGUAACCGCUUCUUUAUGAAGUCCAGACUUAGAUAAGCUGAGGGUGGGUGCAGUAUGUUCACAGUGUUUUAAUAUAAUGAUUAUCAAAAGUGGGUUUUUCUUGUCAGGAUGUAAUGAAUGCAGCAAAUAAAAAUAAAAAAGCACUAUGAAUAUC